AUGUUCCUGUGGGCAAUGUUCCGGCAGUACUUCUCCAGCAUUCUCGGUGACCGCUUGGGUGUCCACGCCAUGAAGCUCGUCUCCAUCUUCUAUCCUUACAUCGAGAUCACCUUCUUCGAGUACACUGGCCAGCGCCUCAAGCGUAGCGAGGCCUACGCCGCCGUCGAAUCUUACCUCUCCGCUUCCUCUUGCUCCAAGCACGCUCGACGUCUGAAGGCGGAUUCCGACCGCUCCGGCUCCGGCUCCGGCUCCGGCUCCACCCUCAUCCUUGCCAUGGACGACCACGAGGAGGUCAUUGACUCUUUCUCCGGCGCCAAACUGUAUUGGUCCUCUCAGAUCGCUCCUUCGAAAUCCCAUGCUAUUUCCUUCUACCCCUCUUCCCCCGACCGCCGCUUCUACCGCCUUUCUUUCCACCGCCGACACCGCGACCUCGUCGCCGAAUCUUAUCUCCGCCACGUGCUCGAUGAAGGCAAAGCCAUCGGCCUCAAAAACCGCGUGCGACGGCUUUAUACGAACAAUACCAGUUAUGAUAGCUAUGAUUUUCGAAAGCUGGGGUGGAGUCAUGUCAAUUUUGAGCACCCUGCGACUUUCGAAACCAUCGCCAUGGAUCCGGAGAAGAAGCGCGAUAUCGUCGAUGAUCUGAUUGCAUUCAGCCGUGGAAAAGAGUUUUAUUCCCGUGUCGGCAAGCCAUGGAAAAGGGGGUAUCUCCUUUACGGCCCGCCCGGGACCGGCAAGUCGACGAUGAUCGCCGCCAUGGCUAAUCUGCUCGAUUACGAUGUCUACGAUCUUGAGCUCACCGCAGUGAAGAACAACUCUUCUUUACGAAAGCUGUUGCUCGAGAUCAGCGGGAAGGCGAUUAUUGUCCUCGAGGACAUCGAUUGCUCUCUCGAUCUUUCCGGCAAGAGGAAGAAGGAGAAAGAGAAGUCGGAAGAGGAGGAGAAGAAGAUAGGAAGCGAGGAGAAUACAGAAAGUAAGGUCACACUCUCAGGGCUUCUCAAUUUCAUCGACGGCUUAUGGUCGGCGUGCGGUGGGGAGAGGCUGGUUGUUUUCACGACCAAUUUUGUGGAGAAGCUGGAUCCGGCGCUGAUAAGGAGGGGGAGAAUGGAUCGGCACAUUGAGCUUUCUUACUGUGAUUUCGAAGGGUUUAAGGUUCUGGCAAGGAACUAUUUAGGGAUCAAUGAGCAUACUCUGUUCGAGAAGAUACAGAGGCUAUUGGAGGAAAGGAAUAUAACGCCGGCUGAUGUGGCUGAGAAUCUGAUGCCAAAGAAGGUAACGGAAGUCGCCGGAAGUGUGGAGGUCUGUCUUACGAACUUGAUUCAAGCUUUAAUGGAGUCUAAGUUGAAUUCAGCGAAAGGGGAAGAGGAGAUGUUGGAGGCCACGGUGGCUAAAGUGGUGGAGGAGAAAGAAUCCGCCGCACCAUCCACCUAGCCGGGAAAAUUAUUACUUCCGGAGUUCAAUUCGGACACGCAACGUUGGAUGACGUGGCGUGUUAAUUUCUCUUAUUUUUCAUCGUUUAUCUCUGUAUUUUAGGAUAAUAUUGUAAUAAAAAAAAUUUUGUGGUUAAUGGCGGCACAGUUUUUCCUUUAUAAUA